CGAUGAGGUUUCAUCGGGAACAAGUUCAGAGUGUCACUGGGUCUGCCGGUGGUGGCAACGGUGAACUGUGCCAAUAACACUGGUGCGAAGAACCUGUACAUCAUUUCCGUGAGCCUGCUGUCAUUGUUCGUCAGCGCAAGCCAUGGUGUUAGUUUCGCUCUUUCCGUCCAUCACUAGCCAAGGUUCAUUUGAGUUCGAGGUCACCAGUGAAGUCGGUUGUGGUGGAAUAGCAUAUUUCAGCUCGUCAUUGUCUUAGUCGCUGCUCAUAACGAGUUUGAAGAUUACAAAGAAAGCAACCGUAGUGGAAGAACAUUGAUAUCAAUUUCAGGACUCUUUGUGUGGACUUUGCAGGAUUCAUAGUUGCUGAGGAACUUCGUUGAAAUGGCAAGAAAAAGACAGAGAAAUUCUAGUCAAGGUGAACUUUUAUAUGAUUCUUCGGAGCAACAAAAACAACAAAUCGGAAGUAUGUCAAUGCCUCAACCGCCCCAAAAUUGGCCAUAAAAUGAAAGAGAUGAAUCACAUGAUACAAAAAAUCUUCCGGAUUCUGAGCAGCAAAAAUAACAAAUCGGAAGUAUGUCAAUGCCUCAACCGCCCCAAAAUUGGCCACAAAAUGAAAGAGAUGAAUCACAUGAUACAAAAACUUUUCCAGAUUCUAAUGAGAGUGAAGAGCAAUCUAAGCGAACUAGGGGUCCCACUAUGAUGCACUCGGGAUGGGGGAAAGAUGGUGGAAAUUUACAUAUUGAAUUGAAUGAACAUGGUCAAGUUAUUGGGUCAGAAGGAACUAGAUUGAGUUCAAAACUUGGUGUGCUAGCACGAAAUGGCAUCUUAGCGCCACUUAAUCAUAAAGAUUGGAGGCUUGUACCUAGUAGGUACAAGGAUAGAAUAUGGGCUCAUAUCAAGGAAAAUACUGACGCAACUGAUGACAUGAAGCGCAUACUGAUGAUGUCAUUUGGAUCUAAAUGGAAAGAAUCAAAGCAUGAAGCAAAAAUUAUUGGAUAUGACCCAUAUAACACUGAUAUUGAGCGUUUAGCGCAUUGUCCAGAUAGAGUUGAAGAAGAUCAGUGGCGUUCAUUAGUUCAUUAUUGGAGCUCAAAAGAAGCAAAGAAACAAAUGGAUGAUCUUGCCGAGGUGUAUCCUGAGUUGAAUGUCCUUGGAAGUGCUCCUAAUGAUGUGUACUCCCAAGUAAUGGGAUUAGACACUCAUGGAAUUGUCCGAACUCUAGGAAAAGGAGCAUCUCCUAGCUUAGUAAAUGGCCCCGUAUAUAAACGAUCUCAAGCUGAAAAAAGAGAUUUUGAUACAAGGGUUGAGAUGGAAGUUCAAAAAGCUACCUCAGCUACGAAAAUUGAGAUGACAGAGAAGAUGUAUGAAGCAAAAAAAGAGAUGGAAGCGAUGGAUAAAAAGUUGUUAGAAGCGAAAGAGGAAGCAAAAGAGAAUAACAAAGUGAUGGAGCGAAAAUUAUCAGAAGCAAAAAUGGAUAUGGAAGAAAUUAUAGCGGAUAAAGUGAAGGAAGGAAUACAAGCAUAUGUAGAGUCUUUGGGAAUUAAUAUUGAUGCAAAUUUAAAAUCAGAGCAGGUUCCUGAUAAUCCACUUGAAGAUUGUCAACAACCAUCAUCACUUGUUCCAGGUGUUCACACAAGAAAGGCUAACAUGAUCAAGAAGACUGGAACUAGCGUAGUUGGCACAAAUAAAAAGAAGUGGGUAUGUUUGAAAAAAACUACAAGAUCUUUCUUUUCUUUCAAAAGGAGGAAAAUUUCAUGUAUAUAAUUACUGCUUUUGCAUCAAUUCCUUAAUAUUUUUGUUUUUAGAAAAAUUCAAUUAGUCAUUUUUGAUAUCCCAAUUUGUUCUAGUUAAUGGGGAUCUAAUUUCUAUUAUCAUAUAGUUAUAAAUUUUCUUA